GCCAGAUGUAUAUGAGCGCACGCGGCGGGAUCUUUUCCCCUUUUAGCGCCAUCAGAGCGGGAGUCUCGCGCUGUUCACUGCGCAGUAGCAUCUCCGCCUCAGACAGACCUCUACUCGUCGGCUCCUCGGAAUCAGAAAGGUGAAACAACAUGGCAGAUCUCGACAAUAAAGACCAAACUGAAAUGGACCCAGCAGAUAUGGAGGAUGUUGAAGAGGUGGAGGAAGAGGAGACUGGGGAAGACAACAGUAAAGCACGUCAGCUGACGAUGCAGAUGAUGCAGAACCCCCAGAUUCUUGCGGCACUGCAGGAGCGAUUGGACGGACUCGUGGGAUCUCCCUCAGGGUACAUGGAGAGUUUACCAAAGGUGGUGAAGAGACGCGUUAAUGCCCUUAAGAACCUCCAGGUCAAAUGUGCCCACAUCGAAGCCAAGUUCUACGAAGAAGUCCACGAACUGGAGCGAAAAUACGCCGCUUUGUAUCAGCCUCUCUUUGACAAGCGGAGUGAUAUCGUGAGAGCGUCAUACGAACCCACAGAUGAGGAGUGCGAGUGGAAACAAGAUGAAGAGGAAGAGCUGACAGUAAGUAAGCAGGAGGAAAUGAAGGAAAAGGCCAAAGUGGAGGAAGAGAAGAAAGAUGAGGAAAAGGAAGACCCUAAAGGAAUCCCAGAGUUCUGGCUCACGGUUUUCAAGAACGUCGACCUUCUCAGUGAAAUGUUGCAGGAACAUGAUGAACCAAUUCUCAAGCACUUACAAGAUAUUAAAGUCAAAUUCUCUGACGCCGGCCAGCCAAUGAGUUUCACAUUAGAGUUCCACUUUGAGCCCAAUGAUUUCUUCACACAAACAGUCCUGACAAAGACCUACAAAAUGAGGUCCGAGCCAGAUGAGUCCGAUCCCUUCUCGUUUGAUGGGCCAGAGAUCAUGGGCUGCACAGGAUGCACGAUCGACUGGAGUAAGGGCAAGAACGUCACACUGAAAACCAUUAAGAAGAAACAGAAGCAUAAGGGACGUGGCACAGUUAGGACGGUCACAAAGACGGUCCCCAAUGACUCAUUUUUCAACUUUUUCUCACCACCUGAAGUUCCAGAAACCGGUGAACUGGACGAGGACUCGGAGGCGGUGUUAGCAGCAGACUUUGAGAUUGGUCACUUCAUCCGCGAGCGCAUUGUUCCCAGGGCGGUGCUGUACUUCACUGGGGAGGCCAUCGAAGACGACGAUGAUGACUAUGACGAGGAGGGAGAGGAAGCCGACGAUGAGGAGGGUGAAGAGGAAGCCGACGAGGAAAACGAUCCAGACUAUGAGCCCAAGAAGGAUGCCAACCCCCCAGAGGAGUGCAAACAGCAGUGAUGGCGGCGCCCGCCUCCUUCAGGAUCCCCUACACUGUAACGGCUUCAAACAAACAUAGUUACUUACCGCCUUACAAUGUUUUGUAUUUUUCUUGGUAGAAAUAAUUGAAAAAUAAAUAAAAGGGUUUCAAGAUUUUUGUUACAAAAAAAGAAAAACAA